AUGUCGUUAGACAAAGUUGUUGAUGAGGGUGACGUGUUGAUUGCUGAUGGAACAUCGGUGAGAGGUAAACUUGGCCCUGCAGCCAAAUUUAUUCAUGAUACAAAUGAUGAAGAUAUGGCGAAAUUAAAAUUUAUUGAUUCAUUUACUGAUGAAGAAGUGAUUAGCGGACCAGAUGACCGCGGAAAGAAAAAAUUAAAAACAACACAAUUUACGGGAUUAACUAAAGAAGCACGUUCAAUCGGAAAGAAAAACUGA